ACCAGAGCUCCUCACCCCUUGACUCGGCAGCUGCGCACCACCAUUCACCAUGUGCAUAGGAGAUGCAAAUGCCACUGUAGCUGGCUUGGGAAAGAGCGGGGCUGGCUGCUGGUGCUGACUCCUAGGUUGAUGAUGCAACUGCUGAGCUGGCUGCUGCUGAUGAUGCUGGGUGGGUCUGAUUCCUCCAACAUUCAUCCCCAAGCUCGAGGCUUGAUUUGGUUGUUGUUGGAAUCCAAGUGCCAAACUGCUGCUGUUGUUAUUAUUCAGUUGACCUAGUUCGCCAAAGAAUCCCACAUUGUUAUUCUGCCUUCCCAUUGGCUUGUUGGUAUCCUCUCUAACUACACCUGCUCUCGACAGGAACUCCUCCAGUGUCAUCUCUCCUAGUGUUCGUUGCCUCUGAGGUGGAUCAGGUGGAGCCACGUCCUUGGCAGCUAUUGUAUUCUCUUUUAUGAAAUCUUUCCAAACUUCAUCCACAGUUUUCUGGCUUAGUGUCCUAGGCAAAGUCAAGGAACCUUGUCUCUGAAGAUUCCCACCUGAAGCACCAGCUUGCAUGCCAGGUUCUUCAGCCGAGCAUAUGUUCUUGAGCAACUCGUCCAUGUUCAUUGAGCCGAAA